ACAAGAAAGAGAUCAUGACUAAAUCUCCGGUCACUUUCUCUGUGGCCAUCACCGUCUUACUCUUCAUCCUCUCCAUCUCACAUUUCCCCGGAGCUCUAUCUGAAUCCGAGGAAGAGUGUAUACCCGAGUCUGACAAUAAAUGUACGGACAAAGCCAGAGCAUUUGAUAUCAAACUCAUAGCAAUCUUCUCAAUCCUCACCACCAGCCUAAUUGGCGUUUGCCUCCCGUUCUUUGCUCAUUCAGUUUCCGCCUUCCAACCGGAUAAAUCUCUCUUCCUCAUCGUCAGGUCGUUCGCCUCUGGAAUCAUCCUCGCCACUGGUUUCAUCCACGUUUUGCCUGAUUCUUUCGACAUGCUCUUAUCUCAUUGUCUUAACGAUGACCCCUGGCACAAGUUUCCUUUCACCGGCUUUGUAGCCAUGAUCUCCACAGUGUUUACACUCAUGGUUGACUCUAUUACCACCAGCGUUUUCAGAAGGUCUGGUAGGGAGGAGCCACGUGCUGAUGUGGCAUCCGCUGAGACUCUUGACCAAGAAAUUGGGCGCCUGCAAUCUCACGCGCAUCAUGGUCAUGGUCUUAAUCUUAGCAAUGACAAGGAGCUUGGUUCUAAUUUACAGCUUCUGCGAUAUCGUGUUAUCGCCAUCGUAUUGGAGUUAGGAAUAGCGGUGCACUCGAUUGUUAUCGGUUUAUCCGUAGGAGCCACUAAUAAUACUUGCACCAUCAAAGGCCUCAUCGCUGCCCUUUGCUUCCACCAAAUGUUCGAAGGCAUGGGACUCGGUGGCUGUAUCCUUCAGGCAAGAUACGGAUGGGUGAAAAAGGCGGUGAUGGCCUUCCUUUUCGCGAUCACAACGCCUUUCGGAGUGGUUUUGGGAAUGGCUGUAUCUAAAACAUACAAAGAGAAUAGCCCUUCCUCGCUUAUAACGGUUGGACUACUCAAUGCUUCCUCACGUGGAUGA